UUUAUUAAUCAAAAAACGGUAGUUUUCAGAUACUUCUGACUGAAGAUUACCUCGAAAAAAGGAACUCCGUCCCAGACUCUCUUCCACAUGCAUCGCAUCUUCAGUUUUAAGGUUAUAUUCGCAAUGACACUCGAAAACAGGAUAUUCCUUCAAAAAAAAGUAAGAUAAUUUUAAAAUUUCGUAAACUUAGGAUAAAAACUCCCGAAAAUUGUUUCUAAAUGGAGGAACUUGAGGUGAUUCCCCCUAAAUUACGACGCGUUCAAAGCAGAAUGCAUGUCUCAGAAUGUGUCCGAAAAUUUACUCUUCCUCAACAAUUUCCCAGCACCGUUGUUGGCCACACACCCGUCCCCAGGGAACAUUCAAUCAGUUCUCCAAAUCCCUCCCGAAAUGUCACCGAAAAUUCCACAUUAGCCACGACAAAUAAACGAAAAAGUAUACAGAGGCUCAUGCAAUGUCCGGAGGAAAAGUCAAGUUCAAUCAAAGCUCCAAGUGUCACCGAAAGGGCACUCGCUUUACCCGGAAGUCAGACAGUUGCCACGAUAAAUAAAAAAAAUAUAAUCCGAAGGUUCAUUCGUCCCCAUAAGAUUAUUCAGGUUUCUUCUCCCUCGGCUGCGAAUGAGGUGAAAAUCGUUCAGAAACCGAUCUCUGCUCCAACUUUUUCUAACGGGAUGAAAAUAAUCCAAAAAGCUUCCUCCUCACAUCUCCUGUCAGGUUUCAAAAAUCCCGUGUCCUCGACGAUUGGCGAGCCCCAGACAAAAUUACAAAAACUAAAAUUAAAGUCUCCCGACGGAAAAGACCUCGGCGAGUUUGAGGUCCAGGUUGUAGAGCAGCAGGUCGGCAAUCAUCUCAAGAGGAAACUUGUGACAGUCUCGAAACAUGUGCCCAAGAAGGACGAGAGUCAAGGAAGUGCUGUCGUUUCCAGCACUCAGGGUGAAUCUAUGGUUGCGUACUCAACCAACGAUGUGCAGUAUCCGGGGAUGAUUUACCAGGAGCCCCGGAUCGGGAAAGUCGGAAGCGAACCAACCAAGCCAAAUAUCAUCAGCCAAAUUUCCCUGAGAGGGACUGCAGGUGUCCCUAUUGGCCAAGUCAUGAAGAAUCUUCAGCACAAAGUAAUAACGAUUGAAAAGUCAAACGUUCAUCCCAGCACCAUCCCCUGGAUAAAAAUGGAUGCGAAAAGGGUUUCGAGUAAUGGAAAGAAAGUCUUGUAUCUCCAACACGACGAGCAUCCUUAUUUAAAAAACAUCACCCAUCCCGGAAAGCCGAUUUCUCUGAAACCUCUCAAGUCGAUCAAACUCCAGUCUAUGGGUCUCGGCAAAAAAGCAGCGGUGGAGGAAAAUUCGGAUCUCUCGAUGGGAACGGGUGGUUUGAAGUUCUUCCAAAACGGAGACUUUGAUGAGGAAUUUGAAGACGGAGAGUUGAAGAAUUAUGUCGAGAGAAAUCUGAUCCAGGUAGAACAGGGCAAGAAAAACGUCCCUGCAGGCACCUCUUCGAGGCAGUCUUACUCUGGAAGCAGUUCCGAUAUGGGAAGUCUGCAGUACAGCGACGAAGAAGAUGAGCCUGGGUCUAGUGACACCCCCGACACAGAUGAUAGUCUCGAGAGUUUUCGGAGGCCUGAAGCCGAGGAACCGCCAGAGAGGAACCUCCACAAAAGCAGACAACGGAUUCCUGAGAAGAUAAAAGUGGAGAAUCUGGUGCAGAAGAGUGCAGAAAAUGGAGAGGGAUCAUCGGACAUGAGAAUUUUGGAGAGGGCUCUCGCGAGCGUCAAAGACAAGAGUCUUCGGGAAGAGGCUCUCAAGGUUCUCGCAACAUGUAAAUUAGGGUCGGAGAGAUAUGUUCCAGUUCGUCCACCUCCUGACUCGAUCUCGGUCCGAGAAACUACGACUCAGACCAACAUUUUUGGGAGUUUGGAACCCAAUUGUGAGGAAUUUGUUGAAGUUAAGGAAGAGGUGAAAGGGUUGCGGAGAAUUAAGAAGGAGCAGAGGAAUCCUUCUUUGUUUAGCAAGUCCUGCAAUGCUAUUUUGACGCCUGUGGAUGAGAAUCAUACGGGGGAUCAGUACACGAAGCAGUUGGAUAGUAUGUUAGGAAAUUUGGAUCUUGACAUGGCGGGCGUGCAGGAAGUCAAUCAGAUCAAGGAAGUGUUGAAUAAACCGUUCCGGAGUAAUGAGAGGAUGAAUCGGAUCAGAAAUCAGAUUCAGAAAGAUGUGAAGAUGCUCUCGGAUUAUGAUGAGAAUGGACUGAUGGGUCUUCAUAAGGCAGUUAUGGAAGAUAAUAGUGUAGCUGUGAAGAGAUUGCUGAUGAUUCUUAAGAUCAGCAAAAAGGAUGUGGAUAUGAAGACUCUUGAUGGAAAGACAAGUUUGGAAUUGGCUUUGAAAACUGAUGCCGGUCCGGAUAUAGUGAACGCUUUAUUGGAAGCGGGAGCAAACCCUACAUCAGAGGAAACAGGUCACGAUUCAGCUUUAAUAAUUGCGAGUAAAAACUCAUCUCCUCUUUUACCAGAACUCCUCAGAUAUGCUAAGGGCCAAGCACUCGGUUCCAUGGAUUCAGAUGUUUAUAGUCUCUGUCUUAAUAUUAUGACAUGUCUAGCAUAA